UUAAUUCAUUAUUCAUUAUCAGUUCAAAGCUAACUAAACCAAGCAAGAUGUUGUCCAAAGCGGUGAUCAUAUUCGCAUGCCUCUAUACAGUGACAGCAACACCACUCACUGUUAACGCACAUGAAGAUGAUACCAAUGAAAAAGAUAACACGUACAAUGAUAUUACACUAGACACAUACGCCCGUAGCUGCGUAAACUCACAGUGCCACAAUCUAUGUCGCCGCUUAGGGUAUGCUCGCGGUGUCUGCAUCAGCUCUACUGUAUGUCGAUGCACAGGACGUUUAGUGAUGGAUGCUACCGUUGACGAUAUCACCCUGGAAAAAGAUAACCCAUCUGAUAAUGGCGCACUAGAUGCACAGACACUAGACACAUCCGCCCGUAGCUGCGUAAACUCACAGUGCCACAAUCUAUGUCGCCGCUUAGGGUAUGCUCGCGGUGUCUGCAUCAGCUCUACUGUAUGUCGAUGCACAGGACGUUUAGUGAUGGAUGCUACCGUUGACGAUAUCACCCUGGAAAAAGAUAACCCAUCUGAUAAUGGCGCACUAGAUGCACAGACACUAGACACAUACGCCCGUAGCUGCGUAAACUCACAGUGCCACAAUCUAUGUCGCCGCUUAGGGUAUGCUCGCGGUGUCUGCAUCAGCUCUACUGUAUGUCGAUGCACGGGACGUUUAGUGAUGGAUGCUACCUUUGACGAUAUCACCCUGGAAAGAGAUAACCCAUCUAAUAAUGGCGCACUAGAUGCACAGACACUAGACACAUCCGCCCGUAGCUGCGUAAACUCACAGUGCCACAAUCUAUGUCGCCGCUUAGGGUAUGCUCGCGGUGUCUGCAUCAGCUCUACUGUAUGUCGAUGCACAGGACGUUUAGUGAUGGAUGCUACCGUUGACGAUAUCACCCUGGAAAAAGAUAACCCAUCUGAUAAUGGCGCACUAGAUGCACAGACACUAGACACAUACGCCCGUAGCUGCGUAAACUCACAGUGCCACAAUCUCUGUCGCCGCUUAGGGUAUGCUCGCGGUGUCUGUGUCAGCUCUACUGUAUGUCGAUGCACGGGACGCUUGAUGUUAGAUGCUACCGUCAAUGAUAGCGUGCCAGAAUACUACGCGUAG